AAUAUGGAGUGUGGCCAUCGAAUGCAUUCUUCUGCAUUUGGAAAACACUAUGUUUCGCUCUAUUUGAUAGUCCCAAUUUCUGUAACAGUCUUCUUCACGAUAGGGAGUAUUAUCCAAAAAUAAUUCAGAAUUACCUAGCAGACGAUUGCACUGUUCCGACAAUUAUGAAUACUGCGGUGAUUGUUUUAGCUGAUAGCGAUUUAAACUCUGUAGUUAACUUGCUCACUUCAAUAACGAACGAACCUUGUGUAUGGAAAAUAUCUACAGUCUACGUUCAAGAAGCGAUUAAGAAAAAGUUCAUGCAGCUCUAUAAAGAAAGAAAGGUCAAAGAUUCAAUGGAUGUGGAAUCGAUUUUAAAAGUAUUUCGAUUCAAGGAAGAACUUUCCUCGAAAAUUGGAUAUCAUACAGACGCAAUUUCAAUUUGGACUGAAAAUGUUUCAGCCGCAAAAUCCUUUGUCAUGAAAAUGCUGGUUCCACUUACCUGGAUUAAUUCAUAUGGCGAACUCGGGCCAGGAAUUGCGAUUCGUACAGAUGCAAAACUUUGUUGUCCGUCAGUUAAACAAUUUGAAGUGACAUCUAAUCUCUACUCAGGAUCGGGAAAAAAAUUUGAACUUUUUUAUGACGGUUCGUGGAAGGAACCGAAAAGUGAAAAAUACUGGAUUGAUAGUGACGCAAACUCGUGGGCUUCGGCAUCACAGGCAGACGUCGACAGUUGCGUGCUAUCUGCAAAGAAAGGUUUUGAAAAAUGGCACUGUCUUCCGCAAAGUCAGAGGAAGCAAGUUUUUCAGAAGUUUGCUGACCGAAUUUGGGCAACUGGAAACAGACCCCUAGCAAAGUUGAUAAAAUCUCAAUUAGAGAACCCAAUUCUCUUUGGAAGCUCAUCAACAAUAAUCCGAGACGGAACUGUGGAAGUUUUAACAAUAAGAGAUCCAAAAGGAGUUAUCACAAUCGGAAGAAAGGACCUCAAUGAUCUUUUCGUUCGACUAACAAACGCUUGCAUCGCUGGGAAUUCUGUCAUAGUAAUGCACGGUGGAGUUUUGUGUUCAAUCGCCGAAUAUUGUGACAUGCUAACAACAAGUGGGAUUCCCCCAGGAGUUAUAAACUUACUGAGUUUCGAAAAUCUCGUCGAUGGAUUUAAAGAAGUUUACAAUAACUCUUCAGUUUCUGGCGGAUGUUCUCUCGCUAUGGAAGAAUUUGAUGUUUACAUGCUCGACUUUUUCAAAUACUGGAUUGAUAUUGUAACCAAAGAUCAUAAUUCACAAUUUAACGAAAUGAUUUACACGAAAUACACCCAACCAAAAUCAAUCUGGCUUCCUUUUAAAUAAUUUAUAAAAAUUAAGUGAUAUUUACAUGAAAAAAUAUAGAUAUGUAUUCUAAAGUUUAUAACAAAAAUGAAAAAUAUUUUUCAUAAACAUUUUCCACGACUGAAUAAUAAAGGAUUUUAUAGUUUCUCAUAGGUUUAUUCGUGUUUAUUUUACAUUUAUGCGGGUCCUGGUUGCCAAGGAAAAAUGAUUUAAUACACAAAAAUAUAAUAAUUGUAAAUUUGAUAUAUAAAUAUGUGUAGA